GCCCCUCAUCCAACGGCCAACACCUCAAAGCAGGUCGCGACGAUGCAAUCUGGUAUCUCAGCCUCGCAGGAGCUGGUCUCCCAAUUCAACACGCUCCUGGGGUCCGACCGACACUUCGGCCUGCUAGCGACGAUCGAAUCCGAGCAGCUGCAGCCGCUCAAGCUGCUCACGCCAGCCUCGCCGGGCGGCUCUUUCGCGUCCAACGUCGAGUCGCUGCUGCGGCCGGAGAUCAAGCCGGAUGAGCCGCUGUACGUGAUCCUGCGGCGGUACGCGUCGGCGCCGGCGCUGGUGGCGGUGACGUACGUGCCGGACACGGCCAAGGUGCGGCAGAAGAUGCUGUUCGCGUCGACGCGCCUAACGCUGGUGCGCGAGCUGGGGAGCGAGCACUUCCGCGACACCUUCUUCGCCACCAUGUCCGACGAGCUGAGCCCCGCCGGGUUCGAGAAGCACGACGCCCACGCCGCGCUCGAGGCCCCGCUCACCGAGGAGGAGAGGAGUCUGGGCGAGGUGCGGCGCGCCGAGAUGGAAGCCGGCAUGGGCACGGCCACGCGCGAGAUCCAUCUCAGUUCGCAUAUGAAGACGCCGAUUGCGGAUGAUGCGCUGGAGGCGCUGAAGGAGCUGGCUGCGGAGGGGAGGUCGUUGGUCAUGCUGAAAAUCAACCCCGAAUCCGAGUCGAUCGAGCUCGUCCCCGACCAGUCGGCCCCGUCGUCCAUCCCGGAACUGGUGCAAACCAUAUCGCCCUCCGAGCCGCGCUUCACCUUCUACCGGUUCACGCACACGCACGACGGCAGCGAGAGCAGCCCGCUGCUCUUCUUCUACACCUGUCCCAGCAGCUUCAGCACCAAGGCCAUCAAAUUUCGCAUGAUGUACCCGCUGAUGAAGCGGGCCGUGCUCAGCCUUGCCGAGAAGGAGGCGGGCCUGCAGCCGCAGAAGAAAUUUGAGGUGGAGGACGCCAGUGAAAUCACCGAGCAGGGCGUGAUGGAGGAAUUGCACCCCAAGACCGAGGUGAAGAGGGGGUUCAACCGGCCCAAGCGGCCCGGUCGGUAACUUGGGCAAUAGCAUAGCGAAUGAUAUUUCUGCGCAUAGAAAGCGACGGAACCCAAGCCUUUACACAGGUCAGGGGUUGCCAAUAAGCUUGGUUCUGAGGAAUUGCUUAGCCUCGGACGUCUUUAAGACACUGAAAGAGACCCAACGUUAUGACUUCCCAACAUUGCCACACUGAGUUCCGAGCAUGUACCGACUGGGCUGACAGCACGGCCUAGCAAUUAAGGCACUUGUACGACAUCGACCCCAAAUAUACGUGGUCCGGCUAGAGGUUUCUAAUUAAUAUUGCAUCUCCGGUAGCCCUCCAA